AUGGUGACAACCAACACCAACCUGGACUAUGCCACUAGGGGUCCCGUUGUCAGGGCCGUAUCAGCCGUCACACUUGCGCUGUGUACAUUGUUCGUGGUCCUCCGACUGGUGUCAAGAUUCUAUGUUGUGAGAAAAGCAGGAUGGGACGACUACACCAUGAUCCUGGCUUGGAUCUUCGCAGUUGGAGCGUCGUUCUCCAUUAUAUACGGCUCAACGAAAGGUCUCGGACGACACCAAGACGAUAUCCCCGACCAAUGGAUGGAUCAAUUGCAACAGUCCUCUUAUGCCUUCUCGGUGAUCUACAAUCCAGCCCUGAUGGCGACCAAGACAUCCAUCCUAGUCUUCUAUCUCAACCUCUCCAAAACCCACAAGGUCUUUCGAUGGGCCACAAUUGCGACCCUAGUAGUCGUCAAUGCGGGCGGACUGGCUCUGACUUUGCUAAACGUCUUCCAGUGUUCACCUGCAUCUGCAGCCUGGCAGUCGCCCAUACCUGCGUCGUCUAAAUGCACCAAUAUCGUCACCGUCUACCUCUCGUCUGCACCUCUCAACAUCAUCACCGACAUGGCCAUCAUUUUCCUGCCCAUGCCCAUUCUUACUAGUAUGCGGCUGCCGAAAAAGCAGAAGAUUAUACUGGUCGUCACUUUUGGAGUCGGCAUAUUUGUCGCUGUGGUCGAUGUUGUCCGCAUCGCCUACCUCCAGGACGCUUCACGGGCCGCUCUUCGCGCUGCGCAAGGAGUCCCAUCUAGUAGUGGGACGGACCAGAGGAAUGCCAGCGACUUUUCCUGGUACUCCUCGCUGUCAUUCAUGUGGAGUGUAGUGGAGAUCAACCUAGGCAUCAUGUGUGGUUGUGUUCCUGCCCUGAAGCCUCUGGUUAGACGGUUCCUUCCGGCCUGGGUCAUAGACCAGACCUUGCGCGACUAUGCAACCACCCGCAUCACCGGUUACGGAGCAACCCGAGCCAGCGAUGACAUAGUGCUGCAUCCCGAUAUCGUCGACUCGCGAAGACGAUCUGACCCACCGAUGCCGCCCGAGUCGCCCAUAAUCAAACCCUUACCAGCAAGGACGAGCAACGAUCAGUCAAUGGGCAUGAUGGACUUCCUUACCACCCCUGACAUGAAAGAACUCCCGCCGUUGCGCAAUACGAACACGGUAGUCACUCACGCAACAGCACCUACCCACCACCACCACUCGAUGGCCUUCUUCGACUUUGUUGACAUGGGCAAGAAAAAGAACAUCACCCUGAGAAGCAACCGCGAGUCCGUGUACCCCGUCUUGAUGGUUACUAUCCUUUUCUUUGUGUGGGGGUUUGCUUACGGUCUCUUGGCCGCCCUCAAUUCUCGAUUCCAGGAGGUAGCGCACAUGAGCGAUUGGGAGACUGUUGGAGAGCACAGUGCCUACUAUGCAGGGUACUUCAUCGGACCGUUGACGUUUGGACGGCCUGUUUUCCGAGUGUGGGGUUUCAAGGCUUGUUAUAUGGUUGGGUUGAUCAUCUACGCCUGUGGAUGCUUGACCUUCUGGCCCGCUGCCGUCCUAGCCUCCUUUCCUGCAUUUCUGAUCUCCAACUUCAUCACGGGCCUUGGACUGUCGACUCUGGAGUUGAGCGCCAACCCCUUCAUAGCCCUUUGUGGACCCCCUGAGUAUGCAGAGGUGCGACUGAACCUGUCACAAGCUGUCCAGGCAACUGGCACUGUCGUCUCCCCGCUGCUGGCAAAGAAGGUGCUGUUUACUGCAAACGGAGAUAACCUGAUUGACGUACAGUGGACCUAUCUUGGAAUUGCCUUUUUCAACGUAGUCCUUGCCAUCAUAUACUUCUAUGUACCACUACCGGAGGCCACCGAUGAGGAGCUCGAGGCUGCAAGCGCACGCAUGCCGGUUCCUAGAAAUGCUUCAGUCAACGGCGGUUCGAAACCUAUCAGAGUUAUCUGGGUGGGCCUUGGGCUGGCUGUCUGGUCAGUCUUUUGCUAUGUUGGUGGGCAAGAGGCUACGGCUUCCUUGUACGGAGACUACCUUCGCCUUGUGAAACCAUCCCUCGACGCUGUGGAUCACCAGGCAGUUGGACACUCUGCCUUUGCUGUCUCGCGGUUCCUAGCUGCUAUCAUCGAUAUUUGGGUCAAGCCGCGAUUCAGCCUUCUGUUUUUCUACCUAGGCGCUAUCGCGUUCAGCGCGGCAGCUAUGCAUUCGACUGGAUCCGCCGCGGCUGCAAUACUCGUCAUGGUUAUGUUCUUCGAAGGCCCGUUGUUCCCACAACUAUUCGCCCAGGGAAUCCGUGGUAUGGGAAAGCACACCAAGGACGCCUCGGUCCUUCUCACAGCUGCUAUCGGAGGCGGUGGAGUCAUGUCGCCCAUCAUGUUUGCGGCUCUGAAGACUCACAACGCACGAUACGCUUUCUGCGUCAUAGUCACAGCCUUUUCAGCUGGCGUUCUCUACCCUCUCUGGCUUAGCGCGCUGCCUGCGACGCGCAAGCUCUCCGAUCCCAUCCGAGACCAUCAGACAAGACUUGAAUCCGUGGCCGAGCAGGAGGGGAGAGAAUCCAUGGGCCAAACAAGGAAGGGGCGGUGGAGCAAAGUCAGGCGCAGAUUCAGCUUGAAUAAAGAGAAGGACCAACUGCCUUCUGUCGAGCAUCGAGAGCGGUGCAGCUGGCCUGAGGGCUCGGCUCCUAUUUCGAGGAGCCUCGACAUCUCGCCGAUGCCCACGCAUGCGAAGAAUUCUUGGAGUAAAAGCUCGACUAUACGUGGGCUGGUCUGUUCGAUAGAGCGCAUCGUUCCGCAAAUUUGA